UAAACUUCCACCAGUCACCCAAUAGUCAGCACUACACAUGGGCAACUCCCCAGUGACGGACAUCUUGACACAUCUGCAAAGGCAUCAACGGUUACAUCUUCCUAAGACUGAAUGGACAUGUGACCUGCUGCAUGAACUGAAAACACGUCGUCAGUAAAACCUCAAAGUACAUGGGUGGCAGAGCAACGUUGUACAGUCUUGAACAAGGGUCCAGUACCACUGCUGGUAUACCAACCAAAAACCACCUUGGACGCUUCACCUAUAUUCUGCCUCCUCUCAGCGCUUGCGUAGUCACUCCCAAGAUCUCACAAGAUGGCGGUGAUGGAGGCAGCCGACAUAGUGGUGGUGGCCCUGUACUUCGUUCUGGUCAUGGGCUUUGGCUUCUUUGCCAUGUGGCGGGCCAACCGCAGCACAGUCAGUGGCUACUUCCUCGCCGGCCGCUCCAUGAACUGGUUCGUCAUCGGCGCGUCGUUGUUUGUCAGCAACAUCGGCAGCGAGCACUUCAUCGGCCUGGCCGGGUCCGGGGCGGCCAGCGGGUUCGCGGUGGGCGCCUGGGAGUUCAACGCCCUCCUGCUCCUGCAGCUCCUCGGCUGGGUCUUCAUCCCCGUCUACAUCCACGCGGGCGUCUACACCAUGCCUGAGUACCUCUCCAAAAGGUUCGGAGGCAAGAGGCUGAAGAUCUACUUUGCUGCUCUCUCUCUGAUCCUCUACAUCUUCACCAAGCUCUCCGUAGACCUGUACUCCGGCGCGCUGUUCAUCCAAGAGUCUCUGGGAUGGAACCUCUACCUGUCCAUCAUCCUGUUGAUCACCAUGACGGCGCUGCUGACCAUCACUGGAGGCCUUGCAGCGGUCAUUUACACGGACACUCUUCAGGCGUUCCUCAUGAUCGGCGGAGCUCUCUGCCUGUCUGUCAUCGGCUUAACCAAGAUAGGGGGCUUGGAGGGACUGAGGGCGAAGUACAUGUUGGCAAGCCCUGACGUCAACGGCAUUUUGUCCAGGAUGAAUUUCACUAAUAAUGCCACCUGCCAGCAUAUCCACCCCAAGCCACAUUCCCUCCAGGUCCUGAGAGGACCACUGGAUGAAGACCUCCCGUGGCCUGGCUUCCUUCUGGGUCAGACCCCGGCAUCUCUGUGGUACUGGUGCACCGACCAAGUCAUCGUGCAGAGGGUGCUGGCUGCCAAAAACAUCGCCCAUGCCAAAGGCUCAACACUAAUGGCCGGUUUCCUCAAGAUCCUCCCGAUGUUCAUCAUCGUGAUCCCUGGCAUGAUAUCCCGCGUGCUGUUUGCGGAUGAGCUGGCGUGUAUUAAUCCCGAGCACUGCAUGGAGGUGUGUGGAAGUCCCGCCGGAUGCUCCAAUGUCGCCUACCCGCGGCUGGUGAUGUCCAUCAUGCCGGUCGGCCUCCGGGGUCUGAUGAUGGCCGUGAUGAUCGCCGCCCUGAUGAGCGACUUGGACUCCAUCUUCAACAGCGCCAGCACCAUCUUCACCCUGGACAUCUACAAGAUGAUUCGCCGGCGCGCGUCCUCCCGGGAGCUGUUGGUGGUGGGACGACUCUUCGUGGCCUUCAUGGUGGUGAUCAGCAUCGCCUGGGUCCCCGUGAUCAUCGAGAUGCAAGGCGGCCAGAUGUUCCUGUACAUCCAAGAGGUCUGCGACUACCUCAGCCCUCCCAUCGCGGCCCUCUUCCUCCUCGCCGUGCUCUGGAAGAGGUGCAACGAGGCCGGCGCGUUCUGGGGAGGCCUGGUGGGCUUCUCGCUGGGAUUUUUCCGACUGAUCCUGGCGUUCGUCUACAGGGAGGGCCCCUGCAACGAGCCGGACACUCGGCCGGCCUUCAUCAAAGACGUUCACUUCAUGUACGUGGCUGCCGGGCUGUUCUGGAUCUCGGGACUCGUCACAGUGGUGGUCAGCCUGUGUACCCCUGCCCCAAGCAAGGACCGAAUCCUAAAGACCACCUUUUGGGGGUUGCACAAUAGAGACGAGUGCCAAAUCACAGAUCCUGAAGAAGUGCUCAGGCUAAAAGGCAACGCCCCUGUCCACUGCAAUGGUAAUAGUGCACCUCUCAAGGACUUAUCUGUUAUUAAGAAUGAGACUGAAAAUAUCCCCAAUGGGGAGACCGGUCAUGCAAAAACCUUGGUAUACACUGGAGAAAAUGAUGAUAUGACCUCCAACACUGAAAUGAAUGGAAGUGCAUUAGCGAUUGGAAACAGCCACCUUGACCCAGUAGCUCGUUCUGCCACGCGAAACGUCAGGGAGGGUUCCUGUGGAGGAGGAGAGAGAGGCGUCUGUGCCAAGCUGCUGCAGUGGUUCUGUGGCUUCGACGGGGAGCCAGCAAAGGACGGGGAAAAAUCACAAAUAGAUGACAAGGUCGACAUUGAAGAGAUGCUCUGUGAGCCUCCCAGAAUUAAAGUCCUCCUCAACCUCGGCCUUCUGACAGUGUGCUCCAUCGGGAUCUUCCUCUUUGUUUACUUUUCCUUGUAAUUGGCAAAUGACAUGUGAGCCUGUGCAUAUUUCAAUGGAAAUGUUGCAUGGUACUUAUCAAACAUACAUGUUUUAAUACUUUAGUACUUUUGACACAUGACAUUAUUGUCAAUAUUUCGGAGAGUAUUUUUUUUUUAGCUAUGUCAAAUCAAGGAAGAACCAAAUAAAUCUUCACAUCACGCUCAUGUAUGAUUUUUCUCUUUGAUGGAAUGACUUGUGCUUUCCCUGCCCAAUCAAUUAUGUAAUAUAGAGUAACAUACUGCCUUUUGAUGCUAAAACUGUGAAGCAAUUAGAAGGGAAUGACACACAGUACUUAUUUGUGAAACGUCAUAAUUAUUUUGUAAAAAGGAUUUUAUAAUAGCAUGCAGGGGUAUGCACAUGUGCAUUGAAUGAAAGACUGAAAUGGUUUUAAAAAGUAACAUUUUAUGUUUAUGUUGGGAAUUAUAUGUAUAUCCUGUGUUUAUGAGCACAAGAUCAAAUGACUAAGACAUAUUAUAUGUAGUCUAUAAAGUGAGAGCCUUCAAAAAAAGCACUAGCUAUCAGAUAUUCCUUCCUGUAAAUUGUGAAAUUUUAACAGCUCCCCAAUUCUGUUGAAGUGUUACAUUUGACAUUCUGUUUGUUUGCUAAUCACUAAAGACACCAUUUGUGGUAAAGUAUGUUGUAAAGAUGCAAAUCUUUUAACAGCAAUACAAUAAAAAUGGCAUGGUAUCCUUCACAAUUGUUGGUAACACUGACAACAUUGACACAUACUGUAUAUAUAUAUACAUCAAUAUAUA